AUGACGGACACAACAAAGGAAAGUCCUGAGCAAGUCCAACCGGUUGGGCCUUCCCAAAGAAGGAUGACAGAGAACGUCUUCCAGAAGGAGGGAAAAACCUCUCCGAAUCCGUGCGCUCGGAGAAAGCAGCAAAGGAACCACUCAAGAGACAGUCCAAAGAAGCAGCCAAAAAGCUACCCAAGGAAAAGAAUGAGCAAGUCCAUGCUUGGUGGGAUCGACAAGACCUUCGAUGAAACCCUCCUAGAUCACAAAGGAGAGACAUGCCCCAGGGCAGACGAGGAUUUCAAAGAAGGCCCAGCUCCUCCUAAACAGAGAAGAGUCUAUAAUCAGGAUACACCCUUUCAGUGCGCGGACUGUGGGAAACGCCUGAGUCGCAAGGACCACCUUAUGAGACAUCAGCGGCUCCAUAAAGAAGAGAAGCCGCAUAAGUGCUCGUUCUGUGGGAAGGCCUUCAGUCAGAGCUCACGCCUCAUCGAGCACGGGAGAACCCACACCGGGGAGAAACCAUACGAGUGCACACAGUGCGGGAAACACUUCCGCACGCGCAUAGGUCUCGUUCAUCACAGGAAGGUCCACACCAGAGAGAAUAGCUACAGAUGUUCGCACUGUGGGAAGGGCUUCCCUCACAAUUCGCUCUUGACGCUGCAUGAGAGAAACCAUGCAGAAGGGAGGCCGUUCGACUGCGCCGUUUGCGGGAAGAGUUUCAGCAGUAAUUCAGAGAUCACGAGGCACGAAAGGAAGCACACGGGGGAGAAGCCGUACAAAUGCUCUUUCUGUGGGAAAACCUUUACUCAGAGCUCCCACCGCAUUGCGCAUGAGAGAUCCCACACGGGAGACAACCCCUAUAAGUGCUCCGUCUGUGGGAAGCGCUUCAGUUGUAAUUCGCACCUUAUCAUCCACGAGCGCAUCCACACUGGGGAGCGACCCUUUAAGUGUUCGACCUGCGGGAAGUGCUUCGGUUCAAAGUCACACCUGAUUGUUCACGAAAGAAUCCACACCGGGGAAAAACCUUACGAAUGUCCAACGUGCGGGAAGGGCUUCACUUGCAAGUCAUACCUAAUUUUACACGGAAAAACUCAUUCUGGGGAGAAACCGCACAAGUGCUCUGUCUGUGGGAAGUGCUUUGCCCGCAACGCAGACCUUGUCAUACACCACAGGACCCACACAGGAGAAAAACCAUACCACUGUUCUGCCUGCGGAAAAGGUUUCCAUCGUCAAAAACACCUGGUGAAACAUGAAAAAAACCACAUGGAAGUGUUCACCUUAAUCAUCAAAUAAUCUGUAUGGGAUCUAAUGGCCCACA